UCUUCCUGCGUUACAGACGUGAGCAACAGAGAAAAAAGAGAAAGGGGCAGAAGGGAAAUAUGAGGAAGUGUUUUCCCUGGGAGCAGCGAGGAGCAGCAGCCUGUCUGCGUCUGCCUGCCUGAUUUAUUGGUGGCUCAGCCGGGGAAAACCAUCCAUGUCCUUCCCUUUGUCCCUCCGUCACCGGCAGGUUUCCACAGCCAGAGACGAGCAGGACGACCUGCAGGUCAAAAGCCAGGGGACAGAAAGAUAAACACAAGAGAAGAGGAGUCUGGUGACAAUGUGUUGAAGGGGAAACAAAGAAGAAGAAAGGCAGCAGUGACUGCACUCAGCCAGAGUUGAUGGGUGGAAGGGAUUUUCUGCGUAUUUCUUCAUCUUGACUCCACUUUCUUUCUCAUGGAAGACAAGAAGGACUAUUAUUCACACUUCUGCAGCUGAUGGACGUGCAUCUCAUGUGAAUGGGGUCAGUCCUCUCAGCACAGUUUUCAUCCUGAUUCCAGACCUCUGAACUCCUCUUUCAGGUACCUGAACUUGGCGGCUACAAGUCUCCGUUUUCAGCCCCCAGACUCGUUUUAGACGCCGGAGAAAGUCACCACAACAAACAUUUCCUGGGUGUUGCCACUUGGAUAUCUGCAUCCUUGAUGCAUCCCAUCCAGUGGUGCUACGGUUGCCAGUGUGAGUUUGGACUGCAGGCCUCCGAUCCCCACUGCAGAAUGACCUCUGAACCCGUCUUCAGCCUGCCGCUCAACGUCUACAUCAUCAUCCUGGGCAUCGGCCUCUUCAUCCUCAUGCUCAGCCUCAUCUUCUGCUGCUACCUGUUCAGGCUGAGGAGACAAGGUGCACGAGAACACUACGGCUACAACGAGGUGGUUUUGAAGGGAGCCGGGAAGAAACUGAGCCUCCUUGGUCAAACAUGCGCCGUGUGUUUGGAGGAGUUCUGCAGCAAAGAUGAGCUGGGAGUCUGUCCCUGUUCUCACGCUUUUCACAAGAAGUGUCUGCUGAAAUGGUUGGAGAUCCGCAGCGUUUGCCCCAUGUGCAACAAGUCCAUAUGCCGCGUCCAGCCAGACCCGGAACCGGCAGCCGAGCGGCCGCAGAGCCUGCUGGAGGUCUGAGUCCAGGUCUGAGUCCAGGUCUGAGUCCAGGUCUGAGGCCAGGUCUGAGUCCAGGUCUGAGUCCAGGUCUGAGUCCAGGUCUGAGGCCGGGCCCAGCGGCGCCACUGAACCCUCUGCACGGGACCCCGGUUCACCGUCCAACACCGUCCAACAGACGACACUUUCAUGGGUCCACAUACUUUUCUUUCUGAGGCCGAGCCGCUGCAGAAACGGACCAUGCAGCGUCCAGACAUGAACCAUGAACCCUGAACGCUGUGCAAAACACCGGUGACCGUUUCCUCCCGUCAGGGUGUAAAACAGGCCAUCAGGUCGACCUCGGGAAUGACGCCACCUCUGACCCAGAACCACGCUGCUGUAUUCUGCUCCUGUAUUCCCCGACUUAAUCAGUGCUAAAAAACGGUUUAUUAAGUGAUGACCUUUAGGCCACGUUUACACAUAGCCAGGUAUUUAUAAAAACUGAUAUUUCCCCCUUUACGUUUUGAAAAAUACCAUCAUUUACACGAACCCGCAUAAAUACGGUGUUACGGUGCUAUGAGCAUCCAAACCUGCAGGGGGCAGUGUAACGAGAAGCAUAAAUUCAUGCUAGCCAAUCAGAAUCCUGGAAAAAAACGUCAACAAAUGACACGUGUAACUUCCAGUUACUUCCAAGAUGAACGAGAGUCUUUCGUUUGGAGUGACAGAGAAGUGGUGUUACUUUUAAAGGAGCAUGAGGCAGGAUUGAGGCAGGAUUUAUGAAAAAAAAUGCGUAUACGUUUUAAGUUUUCUAGUAAUAAUGUCAGAUGAAGCGUUCCAAACCAAAACGAAUGAGCCCUCUAGUGUAUCUCUCCGUUGCCUUGAACAGGCUGUGUGCUGCAAAAUGUGCUGCAAUUCCGGACCGGAAUUUCCCGCGCUGUCCUGCGGAUGUGACGUCAAAUGACGCUGCAUGCGCGUUCUCCCCGUUCUCCCGUGCCGGCUUCGCUAUUGGCUGCAGGAACCCCGACGGCCGUCGUAGCGCUAAUGAGUCUCAUUUCUUAUUUUUGCCUCAAGCUCCUUUAAGUGUGACUUUAGAAUAUAAAACAGGUAAAAUACAAGAAAAUAUUGACGGUGGCCAAACAAAUUGUAAACACACAUGACGCUGGUGACAUUUCUGUCGCAUAAUGUGACGUUCUGAAGCGUAAAUGUCCAUUUCCCUCCAUUAACAAGCAAAUGUGAAGACGGAGUUUUUGCAAAUCUCCACUUUGGCCAGAGUUUUCAGAAAUGAUAGUUUUUGGUGACUUUGAGCUUCGUUUUCGUGUAAACGAACGGCCAAAACGCAUGAAAACACCACCGUUUUUGCUACGUGUAAACGGGGCCUCAGGCUUACAGUAAAUGGAGCACAUAACAGCUCUUUGGAAAAGCUUAAAAAACUGAUGCACGAGUGCCUUAAAGCUGCAAACUCCCAUCUAAAGCAAGUGCAUGUUAACUCCAUGUAUAUGUAGCACUAACGGUCCUAAAACUUAACCUCUGAAUGGACAAAUAUUAUGCCUUUUUUUAUGUUAAUACAAUUUUCUGAGCUGUUUAUUAAUGUUUGUGACGUGCUUUAGUCAAACUACCUGCACAAGCAGGUUCAACCACUCAGGUCACAGCUGCUGGUUUUAGGGGUUGAACCAUAAAGAUACCCUGAGAAACCAUCUGAGACGUCGCCCUAGGGCAGGGGUCUGCAACCUUUAUUAUCAAAAGAGCCAUUUCAUCCCCACUUUUACAAAAAAAAAUUGUCGGGAGCCGCAAAAAUAACAGAUUUUAGAAAUUUUCCUCUUUUAUUUAUUUUAGCUAUUACAACCACUAAAUACAACAACAGAAGUGCAGUGUGCAUUUGUAGGCGUACUUUGAAAUACAUUAAACUGUAGGCCUAUUUAAGUCUAUAUUUGUGUGAAAGUAAAAUAAAAACUAACCCAACUUUAAUAUAAAUAAAAAACGGCUUCCCUCUUUACGACCUUUUCGUAGCAGUACCGGUGCGUGUUGGUAUUUUUUGGCAAAUGCAGAGUGCUACUUUUGGAAGUGUCUUUCAACGUUACAUUUUUUGUUGUUUGAUAUGUUCUCGCCACAUAUCAAGCCCGACAAAUGUUGACAAAUUAGAAAUUAAAAAAAGUUCUUUUAAAAUUAUUAUUAUUUUAAAAUAAUGGCCUCAACUCAAACUCCAAGAUAACUGCCCAACAAAAUAAACUAAUAAUAUGAAUAAAAAUUAAUUCAGAAAUAUCAUUUAUUUAUGUUCAGGAUUCUUUUCAAGGCCAAAGGGAGCCGCUACGAUGAGGAGCCACAGGUUGCAGACCCCUGCCCUAGGGUCACCCCGGGGGUCACCCAGGGGUCACCCGGGGGUCACCCGGGGGUCACCCAGGGGUUUCUGAAGAGCCUUGGAACCGGUUCAUGGUUGGCGCCAUGUUUCCCAGGAACUGACUCGACCCAACCUCGGUUCCACCCAACAACAGAGUUACCACCAACUACCUACUCCGACUCCCUAAAGCAGGGUUCGGCAACCCAAAAUGUUGAAAGAGGCAUAUUGGACCAAAAACACAAAAAACAAAUAUGUCUGGAGCCGCAAAAAAUGAAAAGUCUUGUAUAAGCCUUAGAAUGAAGGCAAACACAUGCUGCAUGUAUCUGUAUUAGUUAUAACUGGGUCAACUUCUCACUACAGAGCAAACAUUUAGGCAAUGAAUGCAAAUGAUUCGCUCCAAGAAACGUUGAAUCCUCUACGGAAGAGUAUCAGGGCUACGCAGGAGAAAAAAUAUUUGAGAGAGGAAGAUUUUUUAUUUAUUUUGCACUUUGAGAAAAAAGUCGAAAUGUCGAGAAAAAAGUCGAAAUGUCAAAAUUAAUGUUGAAAUACAAUUUC